AUGUCCAAGCGGCUCAUCAUCAUCCGCAUGAGAGCAACACCAUUUAACAUCACCAUCAUACAGGCAUAUGCACCAACUUCCGAUUAUAACAAUGAAAUGGUGGACGACUUCUACAACCAACUGCAAGAAGUCAUAGACCAAAUCCCAAAGAAAGACAUCAUCAUCGUACAAGGGACUGGAAUGCCAAACUACAACGAUCUCAUACUGACUAACACAUUUGGCAAACACAAAGCAUCUAGAAGAUGGACAUGGCACCACCCAAAUGGACAAAGUCAUAGCCAGAUAGACUAUAUCAUGAUUAAGAGGCGCUUCCGCUCAAGUGUUAACAUCGCCAAAACUCGGACUUUUCCAGGAGCUGAUGUCGGAAGUGACCACGACCUUGUUCUAAUGACCUUCCGUCUCCAUCUAAAAAAGGCCAGUAAACCGGGCCAGGUAAGGAUCAAGUUUGACCUUGACAAGCUGAAAGAUCCAGAAGUGGCAAAAGCCUUUCAAGCAGAUAGGUAG